CGUAACACAGACAAAACACAAAAUCGAAGCAGUAUCGUCUCCAAUGGUCUCCAAAACCCUUGAUUCCUCCUGAGACGCUCUAGGGUUAGGAUUUUUGGCGACAAAUUCUUUGCCAGAUCCAGAACAAUCUCUGAAGGAUCGCCGGCAGUGUCCUCGAAGAUGUGGCACGAGGCUCGGAGAUCGGAGAAGAAGGUGCACGAUAUUAUGGACGCAGCUCGGAAGAGAGCGCAGAGACGGGCCAUCUUCUUGGCCAAGAGGCGUGGCGAUCCACAGCAAUCCAUUCAAGUGAUUGGAUCUCGCUGCCGCAUCCAUCGCGAUGAUGCUCUCUACCACGCCACAGAGGACGAGCAAGGCUUGAUUCCUUGGAAUGAGAAACAGGAUGUUUUGAUUGAUAGAUUUGAUGGCCGUGCUCUUCUUGAUUUUAUAAGAGAGUCUGGGUUUCGACGUUUUCAAGCCCAGGAGAAGUCAGAAGAAGAAGAAGAAGUAGAAGAGUUUGUUAAUUUUGAGCGUUAUCGGGAUUUAAUUAAGCAUCGGCGUAGAGGAUUUACCGAUGAGGAGGGUUUGCAACAUGUGAACCAAGAGAUGGAGGCAAAAGCUGCAGCACCGUUUGCUUCUGACAGUAGAUCUCAGCCAGCACAACCUGCAAACAAGGGUUCAUAUUCACAGGUUGGAUUCUCAUAUGAUGGAAAUGGAAAAGAGGAAACACAUUUUUCAGACGCUGAGGAUGAGGAGGAUGAUGAUGAUGAGGAGGAGGAUGAUGAUGAAGAUGAGUUCAACAGUGAUGACAGCAAUGAUGAAGGGAUGGAUAUAAUAGCAAAAGACUAUGGUGUAAAAAGAUAUGGGUGGCUUGUUUACAGGGAAAAAAGGGCAAAAGAGGAGGAGAAAAGGCAGAAGGAACUGAUUAAGGGUGAUCCUUCAAUUAGGAAACUAAGCCGCAAGGAAAGAAGAAAAGCUUCUCAGAUAGAAAGGGAGAGAGAAAGAGAAACCACUUGGAUACGGGGAACACGAAAAAUUCAUAAUGAUCCAUAUCGGGAGUCUCGGCGAAGUCCAACUUAUGAUGCUUAUCCACGUUCAAGGAGGUCAAGAUCCAGGUCACGUUCAUACUCCCCAUCAUACUCAAGACGUCAUGGUCGUGGAGGGUUUUCUGAUGAUGCUCAUAGAAGUAAACCAAAGACUCCUAAAAUUGAGUAUAUAACUGAGUUUGGGAGUUCUAGCAACAAGGACGGACCAAAGCUUCAAGGAUUUUCUCCACCACCAUCUCCACCAUCCCAGACCGAUAUAUUGAACCGGUCGGAGCACUCAUCCCUUAAUUCGUGCAAAGAUAGAUUGGACAGUCUUUACUCUGCUGCGUCUUAUGCCUAUUUUGUUUCCUGAGGGAAACUUUCUUUGUUUAGAAUAUAGAAUGGGCAUAGGUUAUCAGCAUAAAUGGCAAGAGUGAGAGGGAAGGAGGGUUCCCCUUUCAAAACUCAUAUUUUCCCUGAAAUGGAACUUAUGUGAAUGCUUCCAAGUUGUUUGUGACUAUUGAAAUGUGCCAUCUCUGAAGCUUAUCGUUUCCUGCAGGCCAUCAUCUGGUCGCAUUCUUGAGGCACUGCAUGUUGAUCCUGCUUCUGGUUUAUCUCUGGAUAAAGACAAGAGUACCAAAGUAUUGAAACCAACAGCAAGCACUUCUCCAGCAUUUGCAAAGUUGUCAAAAGCAAGUUCUUCUGGGGGGCCCUUAAAACAGCCACAGGGGGAGAAGAAAGAAACUCCUCAGGAGCGACUCAAAAGGAUUAUGAAUAAACAGUUAAACAAACAAAGUAUGACUACAAUGAUAUAUGAUUUAGUUCUGAAGCUGUUCGUCCAACAAUUUGUCUUCGUUGCUACUGCAGUCAGAGAAAUUAGAUCUUCCCCUUUUGCCCAACUUUUAGUUGUUGCUUUAAUGCUACUCUAGCCCUUUCUUUUGGGGGUUUUGAGGGUUGGGGUUAGUGCCUUUUAUAUUUGUGACUAAUGUCAUUCAUUUUCCUGCAGUCAAAAAAGAUACUGCUGCUGAAAUGGCUAAAAAAAGAGAGCAAGAGCGCCAAAGACUGGAAAAACUUGCAGAAACAAGCCGAGUAGGUUGUAAUAAGCAUCGCAGCCACAGCAGGAGCUAUAGCCGUUCUCCUCCUAGAAGAUACCAGCGAAGCAGAAGUCCAAGUAGGAGCAGGACUCGAAGGUACCAUUCUCGUUCACGUUCUCGUUCGCGUUCCCUCUCUCAUUCUCGUUCCCACUCACCCAGGGUAAGAAGCCGUUCCAGACACUGAUGGAUAUUGCCACAAAGAUCGCAGGCAGGUUCUCUCCUAUUUAUUGAUGCAAGCUUUGUGAUUGCUGGUUUUGUCCAACUCUACCAAACUAUUGAAGUCCAGGGGCUCUAGACUAGUUAGUAAUGUUUGUUUCAUUGUGUUAAUUUUGUUGUCAGCUUUACUUGUGUAUUAUUGUAAAUGAGAUUUACUUAGAUUUUUUUUGUAGCUUUGAAAAGAAUUUUACCCUUAAAUAUGAUAUAUUAUCCUUUGCAUUUGGGAGUUGAAUUCAGACACUUGAUUCCUCAGGCGGAUGAUAGUGACAUGAUACGAUCUCUAUCUGUGAAGGACUUGGUUUAAGGCUUUGAUGAGGAGUCUCAGGAGCUAUGCCAAGAAAAAAAGUGUCGUGAGGAGGCAGGUAUUUUUAUGUUGGGGAUUAGGCCAGCCAUUUAAUUUAGGAGACUUGGACAACGUGACCUUUUGAGAUAAAUUAAUUGAGGUGAGAUGC